UUAUUUUUAAAAGUCCGUCAAAACCCCAGAAAACUCUUGCCAAACAUCAUCGUGACUCACUACAUGGCAUCUACUACGCCAGGUGCACUUAAACCCCAACUAACAGCUAUGGAAAAGCGUGACGAGACCGAGUCUCUCCGCGGAUCCCAAGAUAUCGAAUACCGCUAUUUAGAGCUGGAAACGCCCUUACCCACCCCGUGUAUUACUUUACCACCCGGCCCUGCUCAGUCACCACCACCAGAAGCGCCGAGUUUAGAGAAAUACGCAUCUCCGUUUCUCUGGCCGCAAUGGCGCAAGUCCAUGAUGACUUAUAUCGCUUGCGGGGUUACUGCGCUAGCAGGUUAUGCUGCGGGCGAGGUCAGCCCUGCAUCGGAGGAAUUGACUAAACGGUGGGGGAUCAGUGCUGUCGUGUAUAAUCUGAGCAUCACGCUUUUCUGUUGUGGGUUUGCCCUGGCGCCGAUGGUGCUGGCUCCGUUUUCCGAGAUUAAUGGACGGAGGCCGAUCUUUAUUGCCAGUGGGAUUCUGUUCGUUGCCAGUUUAAUUGGCUGUGGAGGCACGCAGUCCUUUGCUGGAUUGCUUGUGGCUCGUUUCUUCCAGGGUGUAGGUGGAUCAACGUUCUCCACCAUGGUUGGCGGCGUGAUCAGUGACAUCUACCAUGCCGAAGAUCGCAACACGCCCAUGGCGCUCUUCUCAGGAUCAGCAUUGUUCGGUACUGGCCUGGCACCAAUGAUCUCUGGCGCAAUCAUCACACGCACCACAUGGCGCUGGGUAUUCUACUCGCACGCAAUCGUGUCCGCCGCGUUUGUCAUUAUCAUCUACUUCUUUUUCAAAGAAACACGCGGCAGCGUCCUGCUAAGUCGCAAAGCUGCAAAGUUGAACGAGUACUACGAGCAACUCGAAGAAGCCGGUCAUCAUGGUGUAAUUCUAUCGAGCGAAGAAGCAUCUGAAGAAAAAUGCAUUCGUCGAAUCAGAUGGAAGGUCAAGAGCGACGAGCAACGAGCAUCGAUCGUAACCAUGAUCCAGAUCUCGCUAUAUCGGCCAUUCCACAUGCUCCUCACCGAACCAGUCGUCUUCUUCUUCUCCCUAUGGGUCUCCUUCAGCUGGGCUGUCCUCUACCUCCAAUUCAGCUCCGUCCCACUAAUCUUCCGCACAAAUCACAACUUCACAAUCGAGCAAACAGGCGCCGUCUUCACCUCCAUGUGCGUCGGUGUCAUCAUCAUCACAGUCAUCAGUAUCUACCAAGAACGUAUCGCCAUGCGCUUCGGUAAGCACACCACUUCUCCAGAGGGCAGACUGUAUUUCGUCUGCAUUGAGUCUGUGCUUCUGCCCAUUGGUUUGUUCUGGUUCGGUUGGAGUUCUUUCCCGUCUGUGCACUGGAUUGUGCCUGCCAUGGCCGUUGGUUGUGCUACUAUGGGCAUCUUUUCGAUUUACCUUGCUACGUUUAAUUACCUCGCGGAUACUUAUCAUCGAUAUGCGAGUUCCGCCAUUGCGGCGCAGUCUUGUUGCCGGAAUUUGCUCGGUGGUAUCUUUCCACUAGUCACCAAUGCCAUGUUCACCAACCUUGGGUAUCCAGAGGCAUCAAGUCUGCUGGGAGGACUUGGUGCUGCUUUGACUCUGGUCCCCUGGGUGCUGGCCUUAUACGGACCCAAGAUUCGGGCCAGGAGCAAGCUCGCAAGUGAGCUCGCACAUUAA